AGAAUAUUGUGAGCAAAUCUUCUUUCAUUUGUAAUUCAAAAAUUAUUACUCCUUCUUUACUUUUCCAAUUUAAUUAUAUUUAUAUGCAACUCCAUAUAUAUUAUAAGCCAUAGAUUCCAUGGAAACCAAAGUUAUUUCUAGCGGAAUCAACCACUCUACUCUUCCUCAAAGUUACAUCCGACCCGAAUCCGAUAGACCACGUCUAUCGGAAGUGGUCGAUUGUGAAAAUGUUCCAAUAAUUGACUUAAGUUGCGGAGAUCAAGCUCAAAUAAUUCGUCAAAUUGGAGAAGCUUGUCAAACUUAUGGUUUCUUUCAGGUAAUUAAUCAUGGUGUACCAAAGGAAGUUGUAGAGAAAAUGCUAGGGGUAGCUGGGGAAUUUUUCAAUUUACCAGUAGAAGAGAAACUAAAAUUAUAUUCAGAUGAUCCUUCAAAGACCAUGAGAUUAUCAACAAGUUUUAAUGUUAAAAAGGAGACAGUUCAUAAUUGGAGAGAUUAUCUCAGACUUCAUUGUUAUCCUCUAGAGAAGUAUGCUCCUGAAUGGCCUUCUAAUCCAUCAUCUUUCAGGGAAAUCGUGAGCAGAUAUUGCAGGGAAAUUCGUCAACUCGGAUUUAGAUUAGAAGAAGCCAUAGCAGAAAGCCUGGGGUUAGAUAAAGAGUGUAUAAAAGAUGUAUUGGGUGAACAAGGACAACAUAUGGCUAUCAAUUAUUAUCCUCCUUGUCCACAACCAGAACUUACUUAUGGGCUUCCGGCCCAUACUGAUCCAAAUUCACUUACAAUUCUUCUUCAAGACUUGCAAGUUGCGGGUCUUCAAGUUCUUAAAGAUGGCAAAUGGUUAGCUGUAAAACCUCAACCUGACGCCUUUGUCAUUAAUCUUGGGGAUCAAUUGCAGGCAGUAAGUAACGGUAAGUACAGAAGUGUAUGGCAUCGAGCUAUUGUGAAUUCAGAUCAAGCUAGGAUGUCAGUGGCUUCGUUUCUAUGUCCGUGUGAUAGCGCGAAAAUCAGUGCACCAAAGCUGCUGACAGAAGAUGGAUCUCCAGUGAUUUAUCAAGACUUUACGUAUGCUGAGUAUUACAACAAGUUCUGGAGCAGGAAUUUGGACCAGCAACAUUGUUUGGAACUUUUCAAGAACUAAGUCGUUUGGUUCAUAGGGAUGUCCCGGAAGUAAGUUUAGAAUUAAAUUUAUACUUUGUUUGGUUGAGGGUGAGAUAAAUCUAGACGUUCAAUCAAACAGAAUAUAAAUUUAAUCUCAAACUUAAUCCUGAAUAUCCCAUCCAAUGCCAAUAUAAUUUAGUCAGCAAACCAAAUGACGCGAAAUCAUAAGUAGUACCACUUUCAGUACUUAAUUUUUUUUUUUAGAUUCGAGUUAUAGUUCUGGGGUGGGAAUUAAACUAGGUUGAAAUAAGAAAAAUGGAGACACCAAUUACCUUGUUGAUUUACCCAAAUUACAUGACUGCUCCAAUGUUUUGUUACUGUCAAGUAGUGUUAGCAAUUGGGCUGGAGAAAUGGACUACGUUGGAAUAAUAAUAAUUUGUAGCAGUAAUUUCAUUGUUUACUGUAUUUACUUCACUGUAUGAGUUAUUGAAGGCUAUGAUAAUAUAUUAAAA